UUAGAACUCACACGUAAACAAUAACACAACAACCACAUGGAUGACGAUCAAGUUGUCAAAAUGUAGCGUAUAUUAAAUGUCGGAAAAAAAUUCGGUGAACGACAAAAUUGUCGUUUUGGUUGGAGGCAUUGGCACCGCUUUAGCUGCUUACACCAUCUACAAAAUAGUAAACAGAUAUUUUGAAAACAACGAUGGGAAGUUUUAUAAAAUAAAAUGGAAGGGCGGAGCCAUUCGGAGGAAGGUUGUAGUGCUUGGUUUGCCAGGUGCAGGCAAAUCUAGACUGCUGCAGUGCUUCCAACCGGAUCUGACACUUCACCAGGAGUUGCCCAAUCCCGCCCCGACCAUCGGCCUCAACAUUGUCUCAGUAGGAAUGUCAGGCAUAGACUAUCACUUCUUUGAAGGUGAUCACAUUGAGCACUGGCAGAUGGACAUCAGCGCGCUUGUCUGGCUGGUGGACAGCACGCAGCCGGAGACAUUCCACCUAUCCAGGGCUGCACUGCACGCAUGUGUGUCCAGUUUUGACCACUUGGUUGCUAUGGAGACCAAGGAAUGCUCCCCGCCGUCCAGUCUUUACGGAGUACCAAUUGUGGUGGUCGCGGCAAAGCAGGACUUGCCUGGCAGCUCCUGCCCUGCUGACAUCCUGAAAGCCAUGAAAACAGAUGAAUUCUCUUCCAGACAUAAGGUCUAUAUUGUAGGGACACGCCUCCCUGCUACAGGGGGCAGGGCCGGACUGUGGAGAUUAUAUGAGCUCAUAGCAUAUGCACCUGUUAAGGCAUUUAAUCCUAACGAAUGUUCCUCAGUAGAUUGUUAAAUAAGUAGCAUUUUAUCUUUGAUAAUAAGGACCAAUUACUGUGGAUGCUUAAUCAAUAGCUACAUUAAUAUGUUUUUUUCUCUUAAAUGCUUACAUAAAAUCAGCCGCUGUAAUAAAAACUUACUGUACAGAUAUUAUAAUGUUUUCGGAUUAUCCACAGAUAGGUGGAUAAAAAUUUUCCUUCAACAGUUUGAUUAUUCGUUUUGUUGUGUUUCCAAAGUAUAUCAAAUUAAUAAUGUGCCAUUUUCAAACUGCUUAAUUCAUUCUAAAUAAGAUUGUUCACAUUUGAUUUCUCAAUACACUUAUUUUAUUAUUUUUUAAACCAAUAAACGAUAAAAAACUAAGACACAAAUAUUCCAUGUACACAAUGCUUUCUAUAAUAUAAAUACAGUUUUGUCGUGACAUUCUGAUAUUUCAUGAUACAACACAUUUGAAGUAACCUUGCAUUGAAAUAUUAUCUUGUAUUAAGUUUUCAAAACAUUCUAUAAAUUGGUUAACCACA